UGAUGUCACUUCCUGUUUGGCGAAUGUGUAUGGUGGAAGGUUGGCGCGGAGCUGGUGGAAGUAUGCUAGAAGAAAAUUUUCAAUUGCUGUCUUCAAGAAAAUUGGAAAUUGCUAAUUAACCGUAAAUGUCAUUGUACGUGCACAUUAGCAUGGAUGUCAGAUCCUGAAGUCUUCUCUAUAGCGUUUGGCUCGUCUUACAGUUUUAUAUCCGCCUGUUGUCGUUAGCUCACCACUGGAGAUACAGCUGACUACAAUGGAUUUAAUGGAUGAACUUUAUGGAGAUAUUGAUGACAAGCCUUUUGGUACUCUGCAUCACAAUGAGGACUCUGUGGAUAUUUACUCUGGCCUGGAAAACAGCCCUAAGGUUGAUGGGCACAGAGUGGAAUCAAUGGAUAUAUAUGAGGACAUUAUCAGGGAAGAACAAGAAGAAAAGGAGGCAACUUAUAAUGAGUUAAAGCAAAAAUUUGAUGACGCACAAAAGCAAGUUAAGGAACUGCUCUCACAGUUACAGCUACUGCAGACAAAGAAUUCGAGUUUGAACAGUGAAAACACACUCCUGAAGAAGAACAUUUGUUGUCUCAUCAAGACGGCUAGAAUGGAGAUUGUGCGUAAGGAUGAGGAAAUUAGCAGACUCAGUAAUAGGUCUGGUCGAGGAAGUUAUAGUCAAAAUUUUCGUCGAUCUCAAAUGGAAAGUGGUCCGGCAAACACAAGGAGCAGUUCGAACAAUCCUACUAGUUCUGUUUUGGAAUCAAGAGGUGCUAAACAAGAUACUGUUAUAAAUGAAGUAAAUCAGCACAAGGGUAGAAACUCUGUGUCGGAUCACACUGCAUAUCCACCAACAACAUCAACUACAGCACCACAGCCAUUUGAAGUGCUCCAGAGAUGCCCUAGAACUGACCUUGAUAGUCCUCUGCAGUGUCAGAAUAAAUCUGCUGCUAAAUCUGACGGUAAGACCCUCACUGUUCAACCAGAGCAGGAGUAUGGACCAGUUCAUCCUAACAGAACAUCCACCACAUCCACAGUGGCAGAUGUCUCAAAUGCUCUCAAAACGAAUGACUCCACACUGAGAGUUUCCGAUACAACUACUGAUUGCCAAUUGAGUACCUUGAAGGACAGUAAGAACAGUUCAUCAAAACAGGCAGACAAGCUUGAAAAAAUGCAAAGAUGCUCAACCCGGGACAAAGAGUGUAAUUCAAAUGCGUCACAAAAGCCUCAGAGAAGAGCGGACAGCAACUCAAGCAAGGCAGGAAGAACUGAAAAAGAGCUUUUAAACGAUAGUUCUGUGUCCAGUGAAAACAGGAAUCAGCAGCCUGAGAUUCCAGUCAUUCUUAAAAGUUCGGAACAAUUGAAAAGCCUUUCCUCGCAGUCACACAAAGCCUCACCAUCUGUUUCUUCCCAGUCAUCCAAAAGUUCAGUUAAGACAGCAGCAGAUGUAGAGACACAGAGUCUAAGGCACUUGCAUAAUCAAAAUGCAGACAGAACUAGCAGAGAAACAAAACACUCUGGCUUGAGCAGCACAACUACUGUGGUGGAUGAUGCAAGCCAUUCCCAACACCACAAAGGGAAGAAAAGAGAUGCGAGUGGCCAUGAAAGGAAAGAGGAGAAAAGUUCCAGUGCAGAAAGAAAAAGCAGCAGAACUGAAAGAAGCAGAGACCAUGAGCAAAAGAGGCUAAAGGAGAGUGAUAGGAGUAAAAGAGAUGAGGGUAACAGCAGCAGUAGUAGUAGUAGUAGAGACAGAAGAAGCAACAGAUCGGAAAGUAGUAAAGAGUAUGAACGAAGGAGUACCAGGGAAACAGAUAAUAAAGCUGAGGAUAAAAGAUCUAAGAAACCAAUUGAUGCUUGUGGGCAAACUUCUUCUCCUAAAUGUGAUUCUCAACGAAAGGAUGUUUAUAAGGAGAAAUCAUCAAGCAGAAUCAAUGAGCCAUCAUCAAAAAGCAAAAGGUCUCACAGUCACGAUAAACCUAGAAAGAUGGAGGAUUUAAAAUGUGCUGUCAAAAAUGGAAAUUCUGACUCUUUUGGAGACAAGGGUAUAGACAAGGACAGAGAAAGUAAAAGAGGUGGGCAUUUGAAGGAGCAUAGGGUACAUAAGCACAGAGAAUCAAAAAAUGUUCUUACCAAAGAUGACAGAAGAAACUCUCCUAAAAAGUGCAAUGUUGUCGAAAAAGGUCAAGAUAGUAAGAAUAAGCUGGACAAACACGUUGCAUCUGAGUCACCAUCAGUGGUAGCUGUUAGCAGCACACCCUGCAAAACAACUGAGGAUAAUAGCCCAGACAGAAAAUUGAGUUUCAUGGAAACACUGAACCUUACCCUAUCACCUCUUAAAAAGCAAAAGCAGUCCUCUGAUCUCAAAGAAGCCAGUGAAGCAGCAUCUGAAGAUGCGUCACUUCAAAACAGCAGAUUAUCUGACACUGGGGAGGAAUUCUUUGUCAUAGAUGAAUUGAAGAAUAGCCAGGACAGUGUUGAGGAAGUGCAUGAGGAUCCUGUUCCCACAACUGCAAGUGAAAAAGAAGACCUUACCAGUUCUUGCAAACAGUCUGAACAAGUUGUUGAUCUUUCCUCAGCUGUUGUCUCUGAGAAUCCCUCAGGUGAACAAACAGAAAUGGAUGUACAAGAAGAUAACGCAAAUGCUACUGAAAAUCAAGAGACUGUAGACAAUGUGCCAGCCACUGUUAAGAGCUCAGAGGAGAAAAAGAGCAAGACUUCAGAUUCCAAUGUGUUAGAAAAAGACUCAUUAUCAAAAUUAACCAUUACAAGAGAAUCUCCAAAUCGUGUCUGUCAUAACAGCACUGAAGACUCUCCGGAAAUUAUAGAUAAUUCUGUUGACUCUAAUGCUUUGCCUACUAAAACUUCAGAAGUGGCAGUUUCAGAUAAUAUCCCUGAUUCGAUAGUUGACGAUGAUUCGAAACAAGAUCCUAUUACCACUUUAUCUGAGGACCCUUCUCUGAUGGAAAUCCAAAGGAGUCCUAAGACCAAGUUUCAGAAUUUACCACCAGCAUCAAAUGGGACAUGUCAAGAUGAUGUGUCGUCCUCAGACAAAGCACAAAGUGUUCCCAAAAUUAAUUCUUCUAGGAUUUCUGAUAGUUCUGUCAACAUGGAAGUUUCUUCUAGCACAAUUAGUGCAGAUCUUAAAGAGCCAAGCAAAGUUAUCUGUGAUUUUGAACAAGUGGGUACUUCAAAUCAGGACAGUAAGGGAGUAGGGGAAGCAGUCGAAAAUUCAAAAGAGAUUGAAACACUGCACUCAUCUGAAAAUCUGAAACCGUCUGAAAAAUCCCAUCAAAGUCCAGUAUGGAGUGAGAACAGUGCGGCUCCAAAUGAUAGCAUCACUGUCGAGGAGGAGACCAUGUCAUCUUCACAGCCUGGUUUCUCAGAGCCAGAUUCCACAGAGAAAGAGGAACAGAAUGCAAAGUCAUCAAACACUGUUGUGUUUUGUCCUGAUGAAGACUCCAUGAUGCUUACCCUUAGGAACAUCAAAGUUAUUCCAGAGCCCCUCAGCCCUCUUACGAGCCCAGUCCGUCAGGUGAAGAAAGUACAGCCUCAGCGUGCUGAGAAGCAACCACAUGUCAAAAGUCUUAACAAAGAUCUCUCAAAUGUAACAACUGGCUGUAAUAAGGAUAAAGUGACUAUGGACAUGAACAAGGAGAACAAGUCACCUGACUCUUCCGGCACAGCUUCCUCCUACAAAGGGACAAAAGAUGCUCUCUCGACUAGUGGAACUGAGGAAGAUGAGCUAGAGGAUGGUGAGAUUGUGAGUGAAAGUGAAGAAGAGGGACCUCUAUUUAUCCAGACUCCUCCAAGAGAAAAGGACAAAUCAACCUCAGGGACGGAUUCAAGUCCAAAGAUAUCUGCAGUUGGGAAAAGGGUGUCCCAAAAGAAAUCUUGCAUCCCUGCUAAAUAUCCAGAGCGAAGCAAGAGUUCAAAGUCGUCGUCUUCUAACGAAAGUCCCACCUCGAGUAAAAGACGCUUUAAAACUGUCAGCCCACCGUUGAAAGCAGCAGUCUAUACCAUAGACGGAUUUAUGGACAUGCUAGGAUCCAUUCGAGCUGAGUUGAGGAAAAAGUACAUGAAGCUUCAGAAAAAUGUCACUAAAACUGCCUUCUGCUGUAUAGUGGAUAUGUCUCAGGCUUCUUUUAUAGAAUUCAUCAAUGCUGUUGACUUGGAGAAAUUGUGCUGCCAAGGUAAUGACAUCAAAGUCAGACUUAAUAAAAUUAUUUCCUCUAUCAUGAGCAAGGUCACCAAGAAUGGCAUCGUCAAUCGUAUCUUUGAGCAGAGAGCUGGAGACCUCAAGCAGAAGUUGUGGACAUUUGUGGAUGGCCAGUUUGACUUCUUGUUCAAGGAACUGAAAACAGCACUCAAAAGCGUAUCCGAACCAUCUAAAAAUGCGUCAUUUGAAAAUAAAAACGCAACUCUUAAAAGAAAAGAGAUUGAAAGUGAGGUGGCGGAUAAAGAAACGUUUAACACAUCUGGGCAUCUUCAAAAGACAAAAAUGUCAAGAGUUGACACAGGAAGUUUUGUCGGAGAGGCCCCUUUAAAUAAUCUUCCUCAUAGGGGUCUUGGGAGCAGGGGUAAAAACAUAAAAGCUGUCAUGAAUGAAGAUGAUCAGCCGGCAAAGGUGGGAACGUCACACCAGCUUCCUACUUCGUCCUCUGAAAGGUCUGUCCACGAAGGUACCUCUGGAUCUGAAACUAGAAUCUCGUCCUAUGUCCGACGUCUCUCCCAUAACGGAUCGAUUCAGGAUAAGUCAGACUUUGAAAUUCUCACCGAGCAGCAAACAACAAGCUUAACCUUCAACUUGGUCUCUGACUCUCAAAUGGGAGAGAUAUUCAAGUGUCUUUUGCAAGGGUCUGAUUUGCUUGAAUCCAGUGUUCCCAUAGGUGACAAUACAAGUUGGCCACUCAGCACACCUCGAAAGGAAGGACUUCCAGGGGAGAGUUUGAUAGGGAUCAUGACCCCCAUCAAAACAACCCCAUCUAAAUUCAUCACAUCCUGGCCUUCCAUUUCUCCCUACAAGUUUGCUUCGAAUAGCAAAAUGCUGGUAGACCCAGCAAUUCUCGACGAGAGCUGCUUGUUAGAAGUUCCCUCUAAUUCUGAACCAUGCCAGCUUCCUCUUCAAUCAACUGUAAUCUCUCAGAAAUCGUACUCUAUCUUGGCGGAAGAUCUAGCCGUGUCUCUUACCAUUCCCUCACCACUAAAGUCAGAUAGUCACUUGAGUUUCUUGCACCCUGGAACUGGACAGCCACUGUCUGCCCCAAACAGUGUCGUGAGUGCCCAUUAUAGUGAAGAUGCUCUUAUUGACGGAGAAGAUGCCACUGAGCAGGACAUACACCUUUCUCUAGACACUGACAACUCCAGUUGUGGGUCUAGUCCUAGCAGGACAUGGGAGGGCUCUGAACCAUCCGGUUUCCAAUUCCAGCCCAAUUUACCAAUGCAGGCUGUGGUAAUGGAGAGAUCAAAUGAUCAUUUCAUUGUGCGAAUAAGACGAACGUCAUCUGGCCCAAUCGAAAGUAAUCAAAAUGAAUGGAAAGCAGCACCAGAAUUAGCUAACUGUCCAAAGCCAUCUCUAAAUCCUAAUCUCACUGUGAUCCAUGAGGGUUUGGGUUCCACACCUGGGGAGAUGUCAAACAAAGUCCCAACUGUAGUAAACAAGUCAUGUCACAUUUCAGAUAAAGCACUUGAAGCUCAACCACCAAGCCAGAAAUCUUCAUCUGAAGGUGUUUGUGGUGACAACUCAUCCCGUAACAAUGCUGAGCAUGUUUUCGAAGAAGCAUGUGUUACUGCUCAUGAGGAAAGUAGUACAACAGAGACUGAAACAUCAGACGUGGUGUCAGAAAAGGUUAAGAACCCCAUUCAGAGCUCAAGUGCACCUGAAUCCGAGAAGGUGUCAAAGAAACGCAAGGACCACAGAUCAGCACCAAAGGCAAAGCGUCAAAAAGUCGAGAAAUCUCAAGAUAAACACUCCAGACAUAAGUCCAGGCAUAAGAAAAGGUCAAAAUCCUCUAAAGAAAAAGACUCCAAAAUUGAAGUACCCCAGGUGUCCCCUAGCAGCCUGUCUGCUAAGAAUGUGAUCAGAAAGAAAGGGGAGGUGGUGGUGACGUGGACCAGGGAGGAAGAUCGGGACAUACUCGUUGAGCUGAAAAUGAAGGGCACUUCUCCCAAGACAUUUGCUGCUCUUUCAAAACGGUUAAAGAAGUCAACAGAGCAGAUUGAAGAGCGAUUCUCUCAACUGAUGAAGCUGUUCAAGAAGAAAGAGAAAAUGGAGACUUGAACAAGAAGACUGAACUGAUACUAAUGCACAUAUCAAAAUCAGAAAUAUAAUGCGUUGAAUCUUAAAAUCAGUGUAUUAUUUCUGUUGUUCAUUUGUUUGAAAAAGCACUUAUAGCAGUAAAUAGUAUCUGUUUUAGAGGCUUAUUUUUUUUUCUUUAGUUACCAUUUAGUGCUAUCAGAUUACCAACAUUAAUACAGAGCAGACAUUAAUUAGGCUACAUUUGAAAAACAUUUGCAAUGUGGUCUGCUCUGAAAUUUACUUCAAUCACUGUUGAGGACAUAAACAGACAUGAAGUAGAUAAACAACGGUUCCUAUGUUUUUCAGUGCAUGAAACCUGUACAACGCCAUAUAAUUUACUUGUUCUUUAUUUUGGCAAGUUGGUGGUGAUUGCACAAAAUUUACAGUACAGUUGCUGUUUGGUUGAUGCUGACAAAUUUUUAUGCAAUGAAAUGAACAAAAAAAUUAAGCAUUUGAAGUUGUAUUCCAAGUGGACUUGUGCAGUGUUUGCAAUGCCUUUUAAACCUACCUCUGAAGACUACAAAUGCUUUUAAAUCUUUGGCCUAACUGCUUAUCUGCCAAUAGGUCUCGUGUUUUGAUCACUUUUGUUUUGUAAAUGAGGUUGGUGUUGGAAUAACAGCCCUAAAUGUAGAGAUGGAAAGAGUAUUUUCUUGUUUUGGUCCACAGUUGUCAGAAUUUGAGUUUAAAAUCUUCCAUUAGUCAUCCUGAUAGAUGCAUUUUGAUAUUUUCAUAUUAAGAACCACAUGGUUUUGUUGUUUUGUAGGUAAUCGGUAAGGGAAUUGUUCUCUUGUGUAUAUAUUUGUAAAGUUAAACUGAACUGAAAGAUUUUUAUGUUUGAUCUCUUUUUAAACAAUUUUAUUUUCUUAAAGAGAGAAACCUAGAUGUGGGAAAAAUACAUUGUAUGUUAUUUAGAAAUACAUUUUGUAAAUAUUUGUAACUUGACAGAUCUCUCAACCUUUUGAAAUAAAGCUUAUUUAUUUAAACAGCA